AUGUUGCCCAAUCUCUUGAAGCAUUCGACUCUGCGCAGGUUCUUCUCAACGUCACUGCCCAAGACGGGAACCGGCUACGAUGCGACCAUUGCGAAUCUACGUAUCGGCGUAGACACCCGUGUCAUCUACCAAGGCUUCACAGGCCAAGCGGCCACUUCCAACGCCAAAGCCACGCUGGAAUGUGGAACGCAGGUCGUAGGCGGCGUAUCCCCAGGCAAGGGCGGCAAGAAGCACCUUGGCCUGCCCGUCUUUGACACGGUCCGGGAGGCCAUGCAACAAGUCCGCCCACACGUCAGCGCCGUCUUCGUCCCGGCCCAGCAUGCCGCCAAGGCCAUCAUAGAGUCCAUCGAGGCCGAGGUGCCUCUGUUAGUCUCCGUGGCAGAGCACAUUCCCGUUCACGACCUGAUGCGCGUCCAAGAGGUGCUGCGGAUGCAGAGCAAGAGCCGUCUCGUCGGACCCAACAGCCCCGGCAUCAUCGCGCCGGGGCGAUGUCGCGUCGGCAUAAUGCCUUUUCGUCAGUAUCAGAGGGGCUGCCUCGCGAUCGUGUCCAAGUCCGGCACCCUGAGCUACGAGUCCGUCGGAGCCACGACUGCCGCGGGUCUAGGACAGAGUCUUGUCAUUGCUGUCGGUGGAGACUCCAUGCCCGGUACCACGCUGGUGGACGCCCUCAGGGUUUUCUUCGACGACACCGAGACCAAGGGCAUCAUUUUGAUUGGAGAAAUCGGUGGGGAGGCGGAACUCCGGGCAGCAGAACUGAUCAGCGAAUACCGUCGGGCCACGCCGAAUCCCAAGCCCAUCAUCGCCAUGGUUGCGGGACAGACGGCGCCGCGAGACAAGACAAUGGGACACGCCGGAGCCAUCCUAUCGCCGAUGGACGUCACGGCCGCCGAGAAGGCAGAGGCGCUGCGACGGGCCGGAGCCGUCGUUGUGCCUCACCCGGGCGUCAUGGGGAUCAAGAUGCAAGAGCUGCUUGCCUUGUGA